AAGUGCCGCUACAAAGGGGCCCUUUCUCCCAAAACCGGAGCAUAUCCCCAGCAAGCAAAACCUCGCAUCAGCAAAGAGAAAGUGAGCCAGUGCCCCAAGCAACCUUCCUUCCUCCACUCCUCCGCACGCGCCGCCAUACCCCAUACGCACCAACCCCAAGCCAAGCCAAGAAGCUCUCUCUUCUCUUCCUAGCUUCCCACUCCACAAGCACAAGAAACUCGUGGCGCGAGCGCCGGCCAGCAUCGAGAUAUCGACCAUGUCAGCGUCGCCGGAGUUCUACAAGCCAGCGCCGGUGUUCUCGCCGACGCCGUGCAGCUCGCCGCUGCUCCUGCACGGGGAGGCUGCCGCCGGAGCGAGCGUAGGUCAAGAAGGGGCGAGCGGCGCGUUGGAGGAGCAGUGCUGCCGGACGCCGACUGGCGUGGGGAGCGAGCUGAAGCAGGUGGCGGCGACGUGCCCGCCGGCGCCGAGGAAGCCGCGGGCGCCGGUCGCGCCGUGCCGGAAGCGGCUGUUCGAGGUGGAGGUGUUCAGCCUGCGGCUGGAUGAGCUGGAGCGCCUCUUCUGGCGCCCGCACGCGGCGCAGCCGCAACCGGCGCCGCAGCCCGAGAAGAAGGUCAAGCGCCGCAGGGUGGCGCCGCCGCUCGCCUCGCCGGAGCCCUCGGCGAGAGCUAGCUAGCUGGCUGGCCCGUCGGUAGCUAGCCGUGUCCAGGCCAAGUGGUUUUGGCUUGCCCGUCGGUGCAGUAACAAGCAGUAUAAGAUUCAGUACUGCGUUUUUACUGCCGUACUUGUUCUCUAUGCUACUACUCGUAGCUGCUGCUAAUGCUUCCAUUAAUCAGUUCACAAUAGUAGUUCGUGCACGGUAGUAGUAUUAGUAGUAGUAGAGUAGCUAGAUAUGGUAGGCAUCAGCAGUUCUUGCUUUUUACUGUAUGUGAUACUAGUAUGGUUGGUCAACAGGUAAGGAGUAGUAAUAGGUUGAAAUUUCCUUCCAUAGUGUAAUAGUAAUAGGUUUAGAUUUCAUUUCAUGGAGUGCAGCCUGUAUAAAUGUGUAAUGAGAAGCUUAUCGAUGCUGUAUCUGCCUAUGUACACCAGUGACCAGUCUCUCAUUCCCAAUACAAGUUAUGCGUCUACUUA